GAGGAAAAAAAGGUGAUUGCUGAUGAUAUCGAUGCUCGUUGAAUCGCUCGGUGCUCCACUGAUGAUGCCUUUCUUCACCCCACGUGGAGCAAACAUGGCGGCGCCCAGUGGAGAUGUUGAAAUCGUCACUAAAAAGCCGACAGUGAAAGGCCCGAGGAGGGUUGCGAAUCAGAUUCCUGAUGAGAUUCUCAAAGACCCUGAACUUCAAGAGGCAGUUAGUGUUCUGCCUUCCAACUACAAUUUUGAGAUCCACAAAACAAUAUGGAGGGUGAGACAAGCGAAAGCCAAAAGAGUGGCUUUGCAGCUUCCAGAGGGGCUACAGAUGUUUGCCUGUGUGAUCGCUGACAUUAUUGAGAGGUUUACAGGAGCAGACACACUGGUGAUGGGUGAUGUGACGUAUGGAGCGUGCUGUGUAGACGACUUCACUGCCCGAGCUCUCGGAGCUGACUUCAUGGUGCACUAUGGACACAGCUGCCUGAUUCCCAUAGAUGCCACAGCAGGGAUCAAGAUGCUCUAUGUGUUUGUGGACAUCCAGAUGGACACGGCUCACUUCCUGGACACACUCCGGUUCAAUUUUCCCCCAGGGCGCUCCCUCGCUCUCGUCAGCACCAUCCAGUUUGUGGCUGCGCUGCAGGCGGUCAGUGCAGAGCUGAAGCCGGAUUACGAGGUUCUUGUGCCUCAGUGUCGGCCACUGUCUCCGGGAGAGAUCCUGGGCUGCACCUCCCCUCGCCUUGACAAGCACGUCAAUGCCAUCAUAUACCUUGGGGAUGGAAGGUUUCACUUGGAAUCAAUCAUGAUCGCCAAUCCAGAUGUCCCAGCUUACAGGUAUGAUCCCUACAGUAAGGUAUUCUCUCGGGAGUAUUAUGACCACGAGGCCAUGCGUGCCAACAGACGGCAGGCCAUAGAGACCGCGCGCUCAGCCCAGAGGUGGGGUCUAAUUCUGGGUACUCUUGGUCGCCAAGGCAAUCCCAAAAUCUUAGAGCAUUUGGAGGAGAAGCUGAAGGCACUUGGCAGGUCAUUCACCAGGGUGCUCCUUUCGGAGAUCUUCCCCAGCAAGCUGGCGCUGAUGGCAGAUGUUGACACAUGGGUUCAGAUCGCAUGUCCUCGUCUGUCAAUCGAUUGGGGCACGGCAUUCUCCAAGCCCCUGCUGUCUCCCUAUGAGGCGGCUGUAGCUCUGCAGCAAACAGGAUGGCAGGAGGUGUAUCCCAUGGACUUCUACUCCAAUCAGAGCCUGGGGCCUUGGACCCCUAAUCACCCAGACAACCAACCCCAACGGCCCACACGCAAACAGCAGAAGGCAGACUCACACUGUGAGCGCACUGUCCCCUGUGGCUGUCAGCGCGAAUGAACAGCACACUCACGCAGCAGCAGCCAAUCACUGCGCAGCCUUACCGUCUGCAGGAGACAGCCAAUCACAGGCCUGCGUUCGCCUCUGUUGUCAGAGCAGUGGGGAUAUUGGCACACAAAGCACUACAUCAAAUCUGCCCCUCUUAUAAUAUAGCAGCAGAGUGGUUCUGUGUGCUGGGGUGAGAGAGAGAGAGAGAGAGAGAUAGCAAUGACCCUGAGAGCGCAUUGUUUGUUUCAUAUUGCAGCAUGUGGGUGGCUUGUUAAAUGCAAUCUUCUUGUCUCUGUCCUAGAAAGAUCGCGCCAGACACUUUGCAUUGUUGACCUUCAUGCAUUCGAUUGAAAGCAAAAUUGAAAUGCUCUGAGCAAAACAAUACACUUUUCGCUUUUUGCUCUGUUAUCAUUGGUUCUGUGAGACAAAUUGCAGAACAUGUCAGACUUGGAACAUUGUUUUAUGUGUUUUACCAAAUGCAAUAUUUAAUGUACAAAAAUUAAAAGCCAAAUUAAAUAUUAUAACUACCAAACAUUUUACUGAGUAGGCGUAACUGCAGAAUAACACAAGACAAUGCAGCAUCUCUUAUCCGGACGUCAGAGUGCAGCAUUCCAUGUCCAUGGAGACGUUUUAUGUACUGUAAUAGCUGAGUGUUAAACAUUACUCAAGGUCCUCUGCAUUUUUUCAAUUAUUCAACUUCACUCAUGAUAUGCCUUUACAGCUGAGUGCAAAAGUUUGCAUACCCUUUCUUUCAAAUGAUGAAAUAAAGCCAGACAUUUUUUAAAGGUUUUACUGAUAUUCAUUCAUUAUCACAAUGGAUUGUGCAGUUAGACAUUUUUAAACUAUGAUAAUAUUUUUCAAAACAUAUUAUGGUCUCACAGUAAUAAAUUAAAACAAGCAUUUGGUUAAAUGUUAAAAGGAUUUUUAACUUAAACAUCUCUACUCUGUCUCUAUUAUUCUAUAUGCAAAGUCUCUUAUGUCUCAUCCCUGUGUUUAAAAUGAACAAAAAGCAAAGCAAAAAAAUGAUCUUUUACCAAAUUCAACUUGUUCUGUUGUCUUGCUUAAGGACAACUGUUUUGCUGGAAAAUGAGCAUUAAUAGUACAACAAUCAAAAUGAUAUUAUGAAUAUGAUAUAAAUGUUCACUUUCAUUCCACAUGCCUCUAAGGACUUUUCACAUCUCCUGCUGUUUGGAUUUUUGUAAAUGUCUCUGGCAUUUUUUCCCCCAGAUAUUUUUAUUCCACUCUUUGGUGGUAUCUUUGUCUAUUUUAUGUUUCUUCAUUUCUAAGUGAUUGCUUUCACUGUUGGUAAUUGUAUUUCUAACCAUUUCAAUAUCUCUUUAUAUUCCUAAUAUUUUCUGGUUUUAGGUCUUAUGAAAGCUGUGUUUCUGAUCUCGUCGACUCAACCCGUAAGCUCACAGAUAGCGUAAAGAGAAAAAAUCAAAUAAAGCAUGUCGACUUUUGAGUUUGCUAAUGAAAUGCAGACUUGUAAAAUAGGGGGAUAUUAUUACUUUUUUUUCACUCAGCAACCAACUGUAAUGCAAAUUGAGCAGAUCUUUCUGAGAAAAUGUAAAUAAAACAUACAAAUGUAUUAAAUGA